CAAAGAAGCUGUACUCAUCAUUGACAAACUCAUCUAUGAAAAAUUCUCUUAAAAACUUGGAAAAGAAAAUCUCUCGCUAACCCAAAACCCAAGCCUAAAAAGAAAAAGGAAUAACUCAUAUCAACCAGAAUAAUCAACCAAAUCUCUUACGAUUCAGUAUAUUAUAUACUAAAUUUCUUCCACAAACAAAAUUAUAGCAUAUACACAAAGUCAAUGUCUGCUUCUGUAGUCUCCAUUUCUUUUAGACCAUUCUAAACGUUGAACCUGCAAAAAUACUUCCAUUCUUUACCCAUCAACAAAAAAAUCUCUCUUUCUUUUUCUAUAAUCAAAACCAUGUCCUUGAAUUUCUUAUGAAAUAAAGAAUUACUAUAGAUUUUGAUCUUUGAUCUUGUUUUACUGUGAUGGGUCCAUUUAAUAAUCUUCUAAAGAUUGCUUCUUUAAUCACAGUGUUGCUGUUUUCUUUAGCAAUUGGAGAAGACGAUGUGAGAUGCCUUCGAGGAGUUCACAGCUCGCUCAGUGACCCACAAGGGAAGCUCAGUUCUUGGAAUUUCGCUAACACAUCAAAUGGGUUUCUCUGCAACUUUGUCGGUGUUACUUGUUGGAAUGAUCAAGAAAAUAGGAUCAUUGGUCUUGAAUUAAGAGAUAUGAAGCUAUCUGGACAAUUUCCUGAGUCUUUAAAGGAGUGUAAGAGCCUGCAAAAUUUGGAUCUUUCGUCAAAUGCUUUAUCUGGUACUAUUCCUACUCAAAUUUGUACUUGGUUGCCCUUUUUAGUUACUCUUGAUCUAUCAAAUAAUGAAAUUUCGGGGUCUAUACCUCCUGAUCUUGGGAACUGUACUUUUUUGAAUAAUUUGAUUUUGUCUAAUAAUAGUCUAACUGGGCCUAUUCCUUAUCAAUUCUCUAGUUUGGGUAGGUUAAAGAAGUUUUCUGUGGCAGAUAAUGAUCUUACUGGGACGAUUCCUUCUUUUUUUAGUAAUUUUGAUUCUGGGGAUUUUGACGGGAAUGAUGGGCUUUGUGGGAAACCAUUAGGAUCUUGUGGUGGGUUAAGCAAAAAGAAUCUUGCAAUUAUAGUCGCUGCUGGGAUCUUUGGCGCUGCAGCAUCUUUGUUGUUGGGUUUUGGGGUUUGGUGGUGGUAUCAUUUGAGGUAUUCUAGGAGGAGAAAAAGAGGGUAUGGUAUUGGAAGAGGUGAUGAUAGUAGUUGGUCUGAGAAAUUGAGGGCUUAUAAGCUUGUUCAAGUUUCAUUGUUUCAAAAACCUCUUGUUAAGGUCAAAUUGGCUGAUUUGAUGGCAGCUACUAACAAUUUUACUCCUGAAAAUAUCAUAAUUUCGACUGGGACUGGUGUUACCUAUAAGGCUGUUCUUCCUGAUGGAUCUGCACUUGCAAUUAAGAGGCUUAGUACUUGUAAGGUUGGUGAGAAGCAGUUUCGAUCUGAGAUGAGUCGAUUAGGUGAGCUUAGACAUCCAAAUUUGACACCCCUUUUGGGAUUUUGUGUUGUGGAGGAUGAAAAGCUUUUGGUUUAUAAGCACAUGUCUAAUGGGACUUUGUAUGCUUUGCUUCAUGGAACUGGUACUUUACUAGAUUGGCCAACAAGAUUUCGAAUCGGUUUGGGUGCUGCUAGGGGUUUAGCAUGGCUUCAUCAUGGAUGCCAUCCUCCAUUCUUGCAUCAAAGUAUAUGCUCCAAUGUGAUUCUCGUUGAUGAAGAUUUUGAUGCUAGGAUAAUGGAUUUUGGAUUAGCAAGGCUCAUGACUUCCUCGGAUUCUAAUGAGAGUAGUUAUGUUAAUGGGGAUUUAGGCGAAUUUGGUUAUGUAGCACCAGAGUACUCGAGCACUAUGGUUGCUUCACUUAAAGGGGAUGUGUAUGGAUUUGGAGUUGUGCUAUUGGAGCUAGUGACAGGUCAAAAACCACUUGACAUUAGUACUGCUGAAGAAGGAUUCAAGGGUAACUUGGUGGAUUGGGUGAAUUAUCUCUCAAGUUCUGGUAGAAUCAAAGAUGCAAUCGAUAAGACUCUUUGCGGUAAGGGAAAUGAUGAGGAAAUCUUACAAUUCUUGAAAAUUGCUUUGAAUUGUGUGGUUGCUCGACCCAAGGACCGAUGGUCUAUGUACCGAGUUUAUCAAUCCUUAAAAGGCACCGGCAAUGACCUCGGUUUCCCAGAGCAAGAUGAUGAAUUUCCAUUGAUUUUUGGCAAGCAAGACGACGAAUGAACAAAGUGUAGCUUUGAAGCGAAGAUGGGAGAAGAACAAACAAAAUUGUAAACACUCCUGUCGUAUGGAAUUUAUACAUUUUCCUGUAAGUUCUUAAACCCCUUGAAUGUAAAUGGUGUGAUCUCCAUUUUCAGCUUUCUUUUCCAAUUUGUUAUGUAUAAGUAUAGAAAUAGAUCUGUAUGAUAAAAUAAAACUUUUGUUUAGCUCAGGUUCUUGAAUCUCAAGGAAUUUCCGUUGUUUGAUUAUUGUUCUAUAACAUUUCCCAAUUGUCUUUUUGUA